AUGUCAGAGAGAAAGGAAAAGGUUGGAAUCGUAGGCAGCGGGCUUAUUGGACGAUCAUGGGCCAUGCUGUUCGCGUCGGUGGGGUACCAAGUAACAAUUUAUGAUAUUGUACCGCAACAAGUCACUGACGCUCUUGAAGAUAUUAAGGUCCAACUUAAAACCUUAGAGAAGGAUGGUCUUCUACGUGGAACACUGAACGCUGAUCAGCAGUUUAAAUGUAUUAAAGGAUCUUCAGACUUAGCGUCUGCCGUGAAAGAUGCUAUAUUCGUUCAAGAAUGUGUUCCUGAGAAUUUAGACCUGAAAAAGAAAGUGUUCAAAGAAUUGGAUAACGUAGUAGAUGAUAAAACGAUACUUUCCAGCUCAACUAGCACUACUUUGCCGUCAUUGUUUUCUGAAGGCUUAAAACAUAAAGCACAGGUGAUUGUAUCUCAUCCAGUUAACCCGCCUUAUUAUGUGCCAUUAGUUGAAAUAGUCCCCGCACCUUGGACGAAACCCGAAGUAGCGAAGAAAACAAGAGAAAUCAUGCUGGAGAUUGGUCAAGAACCAGUGUCGCUAUCUAGGGAGGUCGAUGGUUUUGUGCUCAAUCGCAUCCAAUAUGCAAUCUUAAAUGAAGUUUGGCGUUUAGUUGAAGGCGGAGUGGUAGAUGUGCAAGACGUUGAUAAAGUUAUAUCAGAGGGUCUCGGUAUGCGAUACGCAUUUCUUGGUUCCCUUGAGACAGCUCACCUAAACGCUGAAGGAAUGAAAAGUUAUAUUGAAAGAUACGGUGAAACCAUUUAUAAAGUCAGUAAAACUAUGGGCGAAGUUCCAAGGAUGACACAAAGCAAGGCUGCGACUUCAAUUUGUGAGCAAUUGAACGCAAUAGUGCCUCUAGAAAGGCUACCAGAAAGGCGUUCAUGGCGGGAUGCUUGCCUUACUCGUCUAGCGAUGCUCAAAAGGGAAAUGAAGAAGAAAUAUAAAAAUUAA